GCGAACCAUCUCCGAGCGGGCCGCUUCGGAGGGGCCAGGAUGAGCCUGUUGUCAGCCAUCGACACCAGCGCCGCCUCCGUCUACCAGCCUGCCCAGCUGCUCAACUGGGUCUAUCUGUCCUUGCAAGACACGCACCAGGCCAGCGCCUUCGACGCCUUCCGGCCGGAGCCGCCUUCCUCGCAGCACCCGGAGCUGAAUUACCCCAGCAAGGCCACCGCGGAGCUGGGCUCGUCCCUCAACUCCAGCUAUCUCAACAGCUUCUUGCAGCUCCAAAGGAACGAGGCACUGAGCAGCAGUCUAUAUAAGAGCGCCUCUCCCUAUGGCUCCCUUAAUAACAUAGUAGAUGGCUUGAGCUCCCUCACCGAACAAUUCUCCGACAUCUCCCUCUCAUCAGAAGCUAGAAAGCCCAGCAAGAGGCCCCCGCCGAACUACCUGUGCCAUCUUUGCUUUAACAAGGGACACUACAUCAAGGAUUGCCCACAGGCGCGUCCGAAAGGAGAAGGCCUGACACCGUACCAGGGGAAGAAACGCUGCUUUGGUGAAUACAAAUGCCCGAAGUGCAAGAGAAAAUGGAUGAGCGGAAACUCCUGGGCCAAUAUGGGCCAAGAAUGUAUCAAGUGCCACAUCAACGUCUAUCCUCAUAAGCAGAGACCCCUGGAAAAGCCUGAUGGCCUGGAUGUUUCCGAUCAAAGCAAAGAACACCCUCAGCAUCUCUGUGAGAAAUGCAAAGUGUUGGGCUACUACUGUCGCCGUGUGCAAUAAACACCCACAGGGAUUGCCUCUACCACCACAUUUGGAGUUCCUCCAGUAGCACAUGGCAGUCAAAAGAAAGUGGGAGAAGAACCCAGUACAUCGCCAAUAUUGCCUAUCAAUAAACUAAUAAUAUGCCUUACCUUUAAUAGAAUGUAACCCUUUUCCUGUGUAUGUGUAUACGUGCAAGUUGUAUUUAUAGGACUACGGUGUUAUAUAUAUAUAUAUGUGUGUGUGUGUGUGUGUGUGCAUGUGUGAGUGUGUGAAACAGAAGUUACUGAUGUAAGGCACAAAUCAGUGAGCACUGCUGCUGUACGGCCUCCAUUCUUUCUUGGGGUCUUGCACGACGACAUCACGCAAGCCACACUAAGGCGGGUGAGGGUUGUGCAGUAACAGUUCUUGCUGGGCUGCGCCUGUCAUGUUCAUGACAGAAUCACUAAUGUGGUUUCUGUUGAUUGUUUACACAGUUCCAGUAUCCUGCCCAGGUGAAGCAAUAAUGUUUGUCAAGAGAGGUAUAUAAUGUCAUGGAGAUACAGAUGGGCGAUACUAAUGGUUUCUGCAGGCAGUAGAUAAAAUGGACAGUUCAUUGAGUGUUCUAGCCAAUGCCACAAGCAAUUAAUGCAUGGGGGGCUGAGCUAGUAAAAGACUUAAGGAAUGGGGGGGAUGUUAAAUUUUCUUAACUUCAGGGUUGAUCUGAAAGCUCCAUCUGGUUGCUUGCUUUCCCAGAGUCCUCCAGGGCUGCUGAAAUUAGGCUUUUGGUGGGCUCUCGGUUAAUAGAAUCUGAGGGUUUAAAAGAAAAAGUGAAUGAAUGUUCGAGGGAGUGGUUUGCAUGGAAAUGUAAUGGUAGAACAGAAAGGGUCAAUCAGGAAUUAAUCUUUCUUAGGCAGCGAUUGUAAGCAUGUUUACUUAAAAGUAAGUUCCACUGAAAUCUAAAGGUUUACUUUUGAGUAAGUGUGCUUAGUAUACCCUUAUUUUUGCAGCUUUUGUUGACCAAUACUGUCCCCUUAUCACAGUUCUCCUUUCUCCAUGUAACUUGCUAUGCAAGUGGUGGCUAAAAUUCCUACCAUCAUUCAACCACAUAACCGAUAACUUCGUGUAGCAGACAGGACAAAUACUUCUUUGUUCUCAUCAUAGCCGGAGAGCCAGUGUGGUGUAGUGGCUAGAGUGUUGGACUGGGACUUGGGAGAUCCAGGUUCUAGUCCCCACUCGGCCAUGGAAACCCACUGGGUGACUUUGGGCCAGUCACAGACUCUCAGCCCAAACCACCUCACAGGGUUGUUGUGAGGAUAAAAUGGAGAGGAGGAUUGUAUAUGCCGCCUUGGGCUCCUUGAAGGAAAGGUGGGAUAUAAAUGUAGCAAAUAUAUCAGGCUAGCCCAGAUCUUGUCCCCAAGCUUCUGUUUCUCUGCUGUCAUUAUCCUCAUUCACAUAUCCUCUAGUGCAGUUUGGCCCCUCACUCUCUUCUGGACUAGAGAUCCUGUACCUUUUUUCUGCAGUGAAAUAGGGCUUCACUAGAUGAGGGCCGGGGCCUCCAGCUGCUCCACCGUGCAUUCAUACACAAGCUGGGAAACAUGAAAUGUACAUACUUCCCACAUCUAAAGGAAUCGUGUAGCUCCUUGGACAAUAGAUAUGGGGGUGGCUUUCCUAUUACCUGUCAGUGGCUCCAGAACAAGAUCGGAACUGUCUCUGAGCCACACAUGACUUACAGUGACAACAGAAGACAGGAAUGGAUAGACACCGAGAACUGCCCAAACGUUAUGGCAUUCUUUAAAAAACAAAAACAUUUCACCUAUAUUCUUAUUGUUUCACACAUUCCACCCACCAUGAAGGGUUGUAACAUCUGAAUUGGCCUUGAGCUUACACGAGCAAAAAAGCAAUGAAGGGACUGUGGAUAUCACUAGGUACAAAUUUCUAUUUGCCCCACAUUUGGCUAUAUGGUAGACCGAAAGCUUAUCGACAGGAGAUGCUGAACCAGGGUGCACGUCAUUGCUGGGCUGUUACUCCAUCACUGCAGAAGAUAUGCCAGUACAAAUAUUUAGGACCAGAGUGGGCAGAGGUAAAUUUACUGUGAAUAAUGGGGGAAUUAUUCUCCAAACCUUAACUGAAAAAAGUACAUUAGCCCUCCUCAUUAUAGAUUCAAUGACACUUUCAUGGAAUUACUCAUUGUCUAGCUGUAUUAAUUCCCUAUUAAAUAUAUAAUAUGUUUAGGUAGCCAUAGAAAUUUCAUAGGAAAGAAAUUUACUCUGCAAAGCCUUCCCUUUUACCUGUCUUCUUUAAGGGAAAUAUAAUAUUUGCCCUAGUUCUAUUAAGUAAGACAAUUUUGAAGCCUAAGUAAGUAUAUUAUUGGAACUGCUGUGAAUAAUAGUAAGAGAGCAUCUUUUCUUUCUUUAUUAUGUAUUAAUUUAAGAUAAAACAGGACUGAAGUGUUACACGUACUACCUGCUUGUGUAGAGACCUGCAGGAAGACAGGGAAUUCAGAUAUUCUUCGUUUAAGAUUAUUUUAAGUGGUGAUGUUUAACAUUAUCAGCAAAUUGGGGCCCUUUUUGUGUCAAGCCAUUUCAUGUUGUUACUAGAUCACCAAGAGGAAUAAUGCCAUGCUAUGCACUACAACCUUAAAACAUACCACGAUUAUUUCUGUCAGCAAUAACAAGGAAGAGCUACACUGAUCAAGAUAAAAUUAAUACCAGUCCGUUGUGGGGUUUUGGGGUUUUUUUUGCAUCUAGCACCUGAUAGGAUAAAGGGCUACAAGACAGGGAGGUAUUUGGCAGGCCCUAACCCUAACCCUUCCCCAACCAUUACUGCUCCCAUCUUAGAAUCUUAGGCCCUAGCUAGAGCUAAAGUUUAUCUCGGGAUCGUCCCAGGGUCAUCCCUGUUCAUGUAAAUGACACACAGGGGAUCCCGGGAGCAGGCAGGGACAACCAUGGGACGAUCCCGGGAUAAACCUUAGGUCUAGCUAAGGCCCCAGUCACCUCCAAUUCCCAUUGUAAACAUAUGAAGCUGCCUUUUAUCAAGUCGGACUAGUGGUAGUUUUCCAGAGUCUCAUGCAGAUGUAUUUUCUAGCAUCUAGAGAUCCCUUAAUGUACAGGAGUGUGAUAUGUGGUCCUCCAGAUGUUGUUGGACUGAAACUCCUAUCAGCACUAGUCAGGAAAGUCAAUGGUGAGGGUUCAUGAGAGAAUUGCAGUCCAACAACAUCUGGAGGGCAACAUGGUCCCCAUCCCUACCCUAACAGGAGUUGCUGGAAUUCAAUCUGAGGCCUUCUUCACAUAAAGCAUGUGUUCUAUCGCUGAGGUCCUAUCUGUGGGCUGUAGGGCUGAAGACAGACAGACACAUUUUUAAGAGAGUUGAAUGUGUUAUGAGAGAGGCAUCUUCCGUUAGUUUGCCUCACUGUUAUUUCUGGCCAAACAGAUGCUGAGGGGUUUUAAAGCACUAUAAAAUUUUACAAAAUGUUAACAAAACUGGGUACACCAAGGGCAACGAAGUCUAUCAUAGGACGUUCAAUGCUCGGGGAAAGUCUAUAGUGUGCCUCCAGUUGUGGUUCUUGAGGACAGAGGGCAACAGGGUUUCAGCAUAAUAGCAAGUCAAUCCAAACCUGUCUGCAUCAGAGCUUUUAAAGGAACAUGUGCUCUUUCUUUGUCUGUUAGUAGAAACCCUAUUCCAAUAACAUACUUCAUUCUGAAUAUGGCAAAAUGCUACACACACAAAAAAAACACCAAACCAAACCAUGAAUUCCUUUUAUUUUCCUAAGGCUCAUUAAGCAAACAAGUCUUAUGUGGAUUGCACAUUUAAAAAAAUGGAAAUUACCAUACAUUAAUUCACAUACUGUAGUAUCAUCUAGCAGUAGGUGUGUGAAUGGAGCUCAAAACCUCAGGAUUCUGUCCAAGAUCCUGAUAAAUGACUGGGCAAAUCAUGAGUCUUUCUAGGACUUCAUAAAUGUGUGUAACAUUAAUCACUGUGCCUAUCUUAUGUGAGAAUUAUGCUCUCUAAUCAAUGUCUUCUCAACUUUAGCAUUAGGGUGUUAAUAAAGUUCCUUGACAUGGUUAGACAAAAUGUAUGAGCUAUGCAGUGACCACUUGAAGGCAAUAGGUUGGAUCCAACUUUAGUCAAGCUUAGAGAAGAUCCCUGAUGAAUUGAAGCCCCCACUGAUGUCAGUGGGUUUACUCUAAGUAUAACUAAGCCUGUUUCCAACCCAUUGUGCCUAUACAAGGGAUCGGGCCAUUUCUGCAUCAAACCUUGUUUACAUGAGCAGUUAUCCUGGGAUAACAACCCCUAAAAUGUCUCUGCUUUGUUUACACGAUCAAGGGGUUGAUCAGAGGCAGAAGGAAGCAGAAAGUAAGGAUGAAAGGCAGUAUUAAAAUGUAAUAAAUAAAUAAGUGAGUCCCUGGAUAACUAGAGGCUUUUGACUCACCUUCCAUUGUGGGAUUAGUGACUAUGUAAACAAUGGCAUGGUCAUUAUCUUGGGCAUGCAGAAGUGAGCCGUGGCUUUUGAAAAACUUGAACUUCAAUGUUAAUUAUGUUUCAUUCUUGGGGUAGGUAGGAAGUUAUAAUGUAAGACAUAUGGUUACAAUAGAGCCAUAUAUUAAACUGUCUGCAGUAUUUCUCCUUGAGCACUUAUAAAAUGUAAUCUCUCUGAUUCUAGAAAUCUAAUAGAUAAAGUGAAGAAAUGUUAGUGAACAAGGUUGUAAUCAGGAGAGGGAUUCCCACAUUUCUAUAAAAUGUUGCAUAUAGCAAUUAAUCUGCCUCUUCUUAAAAAACAACUAAAUUUCUAGUGCAGAUUUAGUGAUGUUAUAGAACAUCCACUUACAGAUAAUGCCAAAAAAAAUGCUCUGCAAACAAGACAGCUAGAAAAUCUGGAAAUUAUUUUACCGACAUAUGUUCAAAAUAAGGGCCAGUUUCCAAACUUCAUUUUACAGAUGAGGCAGUCAUUCAUAUAGCCACAUGUUCAGGAAUACGUAGUCUGGUGUCCAAAGAGCCCCGUGUGUAUCUCUGAUAUGCUCCUUACAUGUACACAAAGAAUUCCCCAGUUUUGAUUUCUGAGUGCAACGAUUUGUGCUAUGUUGGAUGCCACUUUGAAGGGGCCCCAACUUUCAGAAGCGGCUUUUCGUGGGGGUCCCAUGGGAAGGACCCCCUCAGUCUUGAAAGUUUAUAGACAGCCCCUUGAAUCCUAUUCAUUAGAUGUGAAUUGGUAAUCCAUGGGUCUCUGACAAC